CGGGCAAGGCAGAACACAGGACAGCAGAACACAGCUCACGCACAGCUCACACACAGCUCACAAACAGCGCAAAGCGCACAAACGGCACACCAUGAGCAGCGGCACCCUCGACGGAUGGCUGUCCGCGAAAAAGACCAAGAAGGAAAUCGCCCGGGAUUCCAGUCGCGCCAGGGACGCACGGAAGAGCCAGCGGAAGAAACCGGUCUCCUGGACGCCGGACGAAAAGACCUCCGGGAAGGGGCGAUCCGCGGGGCGUUCCAAGCCGAAGAAACACUACGGAUUGGACGACGACGACGACGACGACAGCUAUUUCCUGAACGACGACGUAGAUGAAGAGGUCGUCCCGUCCGAGAGCGAGGAAGAGGAGGACUUUGACUUUGACGAGGAGGAGGACGAGGAGGACGAGGAAGAUCUGGUGCACGACGACGACGACGACGACGACGAGACCGACGACGACGACAAGGGCUACGGGGGUGGCAGAAAAGCAGCCGGGAGGGCCCGGCCCGGGGCCGGUGCGCCUCCCAGCGACGACGACGACGACGACGACGACGACGACGAGAGCGAUUCCUUUCUCCCCACCGGGAGGAUCCGGCCGAGCGUCCCCUCCAAUCUGCUCCGGGCCAACGCCAGGGCGGCAAAGAGGGGCUCCGGGCUGGAAGCCCACAGCCGCUCGGUGGUUGCGAAAAAGGCGAGGACGAACGCCGGAGGCUCCCGGGUGCGGCUCCAGGCACCGGCGCUCAAGGCCCCCGGGCCCCUUUCCUCGGCGGUUCGUUCCAAAUACGACCACGACGACGACGACGACGAGGAACUGACGUCGCCCCAGUACACCCCAAAGAAGGCGCACCGCGGCAAGAGCCGGCCGAAUCUGGACGCUGCCUACGACGAGCUCUUUUCGUCCGACGAAGAAAACAGCCACAACGGCAACGGCAAGCGCAGCGCCUCCCACAAAAAGGCCGCCGGCGCCGGCAAGAAGGCCGGCCACCGCGAAAGCACGAGUUCCGGCUAUUUCACGGCGUCCGCGCGGGCCAGGCCGGUGCUGUGCCUCGACGACUUUAGCAGCGACGACGACGACGACGAUGGCGUGACCGGCGGGAAGGCAAGGAACCAAGGCGGGGGCCGCAGCGCGCUAGAAGACACCCCCGAGCCACCGGGGGGGAACCGCCGCCUCCCGACCAAGAAACCGGGAAAACCAAAACCGAAAAAGGCCAUUGCGAUCCACGAUUCCUCGGACGAGGAGGAGGUCGUGCGCAUCGACCUCUGCGACGACGACGACGACGAGGGUUUUGACGAAGACACCCGGGUUGCCAUGAGGCUUUCUCUGCAGCACCAUCAAAGACAGAAACAGAAACAAAAACAAAAACCAAAACCAAAACCAAAACCGAAAAAAGCAAAGGCAAUCGACGUGGACGACGACGAGGAGGAGGACGCAAAGGUCGAGGCGCUCCUCAACGACUCUUCGGAAGACGAGGGGGACGACCCGGGCGGCGAGGACUACGUCGACGAGGAAAAGGAGACGGCGACCUCGGUGCUGAGGACGGCCGAACAACUCAGCCGCCACGUGGUGCGCGCCAUGAGCGGGUGGUUCGAGAACGGCAGCGGAAGCGGAAGCACCGUCCAGGGCAUCAUCGCCGACGGAGCCGUGGCGCUCGGGAACGCGGAGAUCCGAGACCAAAACGAACACGGGAGCGGAAGCGACGCAAGCGGCCACCGGUGGAUCGGGCCCUCGGUCAUGAAGCAGGCCUGUCCGAAGGUGACCCUUUCCCCGUACCAGCUGGUGGGGGUCAACUGGAUGGCCCUCCUCAACGGGAUGACCUGCGAGGUCGGCACCAAGGGGACCAAGAACGUCAACGGGGUCCUGGCGGACGAGAUGGGACUGGUGCGUGGCUAGACGGGGUUUGGUUGGGCAUUGCUUUUUUUUCAAAGCCGAGCGUGUUCUGACCGGCAUGUUGUUUGUUUGCUUUUUUUUUUAAAAAAUGCCUAGGGGAAAACCGUGCAGACCAUUGCCUUUCUCGCGUGGCUGAGGCACCGCCGACGGAAGGAGGCAAAGGGGAGAGAGACGCUCCCCCCGCUCCCCCACCUAAUCGUGGUGCCGGUCUCAACCCUCCCCAACUGGAAGCGGGAGUUUGAAAAGUUCUGCCCAAGCAUGAACGUCAUGACCUUUUACGGAUCGCAGGUGGAACGGGAGUGCAUCAAGAGCACCCUCGGGUCGUACCUUCCGAAGAACCGCCACCUAGACCCGCCGGUGGAGCCGGAGCUCCACGUCAUUCUGGCUCCGGUGUCCUAUUUUUCCAAGGAGAACUCCCCGGACCGGAAAUUCCUGACCAGGUUCAAUUACGACUACAUGUAGGUAUUUGGAUUGGAUUUUGUGUCGUUGCAUCGCACCGGCGCGUUCGAGUGAGGAUCCCCCUUUGUUUCUUCGACGUUCGUAUUCUUUGGAAGCUCACAAACAUUUGCCGUUCUUGUUUUUCAUGUUUGCGCGCAUCGAUGCACGGUCCAGGGUUGUGGACGAAGCCCACAACCUAAAGAACGCAAAGUCAACGAGGUAUAAAAUGCUGGACAAGGUCAGGACCGAGCACCGCUUGCUUCUGACGGGGACACCGGUGCAAAACAAUCCGCAGGAGCUCCUGAACAUGCUCUCUUUUAUCAUACCCCUCUUUUCGAAAGCCGGCGCGUCCUUCGAGGAGAAAGACAACUACACGGAACAAAUGCUGAAACACUUUGUCGAUGCCUCGGUGGAAGACGAGGACGAGCAAGCGGCCUACAGGAAGCUCAAGCAGCUCUUUGCCCCCUUUGUCCUGCGCCGCAAGAAGGACGACGUCAUCCACCAGAUGCUCCCCAAAAAGGAACGAAAGACCGUCUUUGUCGAGCUCUCGAAACCCAUCCGGUCGGUCUACGAUUCCAUCAUCCGGUCGCACUUUGAGAAGAACGGAACCACCGUGAACCCCGGAACCGGAGAGCACCUGUUCACGAACCUGCGGAAGUGUGCCCACCACCCACUCUUGCUCCGCAACCGGUGGAACACCACGGAGGAACGAGACCGCCUCAUCGAAGACCUUAUCAGGUUCGGUGCGUUCAGGGGCGAAGCGUGCACGAAGGGAAGGGUCGGCGAAGAGAUCAAGUCCUGGAACGACUUUGACAUCCACCGUGAGUCGCAUUAUGGCUGUUGUUGUUUUUGUUUUUGUUCUUGUUUUUGCCGACUCGAGUUGCCCGACUGCUCGCUAUUUCGUGCCACCGAUAUCGAAUCCUUCCUAACCGCCCGCGUGUUUUGUUUCUGUAUGCUUUUCAAGUCACCGCUCUGAAUCUCAUUGACGAAAACGAGCACCGGAGGCCGUUUCUUCAGAAAUACGUUCUGGACCAAGAGGAUCUCUUCGAUUCCACCAAGUUCGAUCACCUCCGCGGACUGCUGCCGCGGCUGGUCAAGGAGGGACACCGGAUACUGAUUUUCUCGUCCUGGACGUCGUGCCUCGAUUUGCUCGGCUGCCUGGUGGAGUACCUCGGGAUCCAAUUUCUGCGGAUGGAUGGGAGCUGCCCGUCGAAGGAGCGCCAGAGGCUGAUCGAUCUGUUCAACAGCGACCCGUCCCACUCGGUCUUUUUGCUGUCGACCAAGGCCUGCGGCCUGGGGAUCAAUCUCACCUCGGCCGACACGUGCAUCCUCCACGACCUCGAUUUCAACCCCUUCAACGACCUGCAGGCGGAGGACCGGUGCCACCGCAUCGGCCAGAAAAAGCCGGUCACGGUGUACAAGCUCAUCACGAGAGACUCGGUGGACGAGGACAUUUUCAAGAUGCAGGAAAAGAAGGUGCGGAAGGCUGCUGCCCGAAACCGCAAGCGUGUAUUUUGUGGUGCAUUUGUUUCGUUCUCUUUGGUUUGUUUGUUCUCACACUGCGAAUGUUUGUGUUUGCUACCUCUGUUGCCCGGAAUUGCGAUGGGGUACGGUUUUGGGUGGUGCGAUGCAACUCGAUGAAACGCAACGCAACGCAACGCAACGCAACGAAACGAAACGAAACGAAACGAAACGCAACGCAACGCAACGCAACGAAACGAAACGAAACGAAACGCAACGCAACGCAACGCAACGAAACGAAACGAAACGAAACGCAACAGGCAAAGAUGAACGCCGCCAUUAUGGACCCGGCGUCGUCGAAAAAGGAAAAGAACGCGAUCCUCAAGUCCGUCCUGGACCGGGCGUCCAGGGCGAGCAACGACGGCGGUGGGGAGAUGGUGCAGUGAUCGGGGGGAACGAAACCGAUGCGAAUCAACCCGAUGUGCUCGAGGAGAAUGCUAAUGGAAUGCUUUGGACGCCGGUGUUGUCACACGCGUUCUACGAGAAGCAUCCUCUGCGCGGAUUCCAACGAUGCGAGGGAAGCCGAAUAUUUCUGCGGGCUGCGUUUUGGCAAAACACGGCGAAUUCCCUGUUAAUCAUCCAAGUCCAUAAAAGAGUGACACAACG